AUGUCAACAGAUUAUAGCUGCAGAGAAAUUAACGAUAAUAAAUCAGACAGUUACUUUUUGUUUGACCGCUGUCCAAACGACCAUUCAGUUACAGAGCACGUUACUUUCUGUGAAACACCAGACGAGAAUGACCGAUUAUACAACAUACCUGCUUUGGGAAAAAAAACUAAAAGACUUUACAGGAAUUUGUUCUGUGCUCUGUGUAAUGGAGAAGAAUACCUAUUGUGGACAGUUCACUACAAAUGUAAACAUAGGAUGAAUAUAGAUUUAUCACUCUUCUCUCAAAUGUUGAGAAAUAAUCAUUGUAAUGUAUCGAUUGAAGCUCCAUUUAACUUUAAAGAUUACCAAUAUCCCUGUACAGAUUAUGUUUCAAGCUGUCCUAUAAAACUUACCAAUGCAACUUUAGUGUCUUCUUGUAUGUUUGAACCAAUGUCUAUGGUAACAUCAAAUGGAACUAAUUUCAGAAAUAUUCACUGCGCCAUCUGUAACAGUGUUGAUAUUAAUGAUACAGAAUGUAACAUAACUGUCUCUAGAGAAAUGACAUAUGAAAUAGAAGUGUAUACUUUCGAAACAAUAUUUAAUUACAAUAAUAACACUGUUGAAGUAUUAUAUGCAUCUACUGAAAAAAACUAUAUUAAAAAAUUGUCCCCUUGUUCGCAUGGAUUUGUUUAUGAUGAACUAAAGAAUGAAUGCCGACAAGUUGAAUUUAAUUUCGUGUUAAAUUGUACAACCAAAAGACUUGAGGAAUCGGAAUAUCACAUUACUAGUGAUGGGUUUCUAUAUCUGAAUUCUUCCCAGACAUGGCUAAACCAGUCAGAGUUCAGUCGAGAUCCUCAAGGCAUAAGUAUCUGUGUAAAUGAUCAUGAGACAAGAGGGCAGAUAGGGGUUUUAUUUUCUCUGAUGUAUAUCGGAUUAUUGUCCUCCGUUGUAGCAAUAUUCAUAACUAUUACAGUCUAUCUCUGUAUACCAGAACUCCGUACAUUACCAGGUAAACUAAUCAUGGGACUGUUGUUCUCCAUGUUUGUAAUCGAAUUUUUUUUCUUGAUCGUCAGGUUUACUAAAAUUCGAAUACCGUGUUUUGUAUUACACCCAUUGUUGCAUUAUUUAAUACUAACACCGGUCCUCUGGAUGAAUGUCAUAUCAUUUGAUGCCUUGUACACGUUCUCAGGAAUUAUAAAAUUUCCAGUUGCAGGAAAACAAGGGAAGAGGUUUAUCUUCUAUUCUUUAUAUGCUUGGAUAACUCCACUUGCAAUUGUGAUAGUGGCACUGCUAUUUUCGCUGAACAUUUCUCCUAAACUUACGCAUGGACAUUUUCUUUGUUAUUUUGGGAACGUGAGUUUCAAGUGGUUUUUUGCAUUUCCUAUAACAACAAUUUUAUCAAUUAAUACGUUGAUGUUUUUCAUUACCGUCAUAUGUCUUUAUUUAGCUAGAAAAAGCUCAUCAAAAUAUCUUGGACUACGUAAGAAAACAGGAUUUAUGAUUUAUUUUAAACUAAGCCUUAUUAUGGGUUUCACUUGGGUUUUUAUACCAAUAUUUGCCUAUGCCUAUAUGCAUGACGCAAUCACUAUAUGCGUCACAUUAAAUUCUUAUGUCGGUUUAAUAAUUUGUAUUACAUUUUUAUCAACGAAAACCGUUAGACGUCAUUUCAAACAAGAAUGCUGCAAAUUAUUUCACGAAACAAAAUAA